CGUGUACAUAAACUAAACCACCAAAACCGAAGGUUGGCAAUUGUAAAAGCAUUUGUCUACUUUUCACUACAAAUAGUUAAAUACCGAGUUUUGACCAAUUAGACAACUUCCUCAAGUAUAGUGUUCAACUUUAAUACUCCAUUAGUCAUCUUAAAACCAUGGGCGGAGGCUACAUCGCCACCUUCACCGCCGGUGCCGGAUUCUUGACAGCACCGGUGAAGUGGUUUCGAAGUCUAUCAACUCAGCGUUCGGCGUCUGUUGUUUCAGUCAACGCAGAGCAUAAGGUAAAUCCAUGGCCGAAGUCCACAACAACAACAACAACAACAACAACAACAACUACGAUGCCGACUGUAGGAGCGGCGAUGACUCAGGAGGAUAGACAUAUCAAUGGAAAAGCUGUAGUUGCAGGCGCGGUGGAAGAGGAUCAGGAAGUUAAGAGGAAUUGGAGAGAUUACUUUGAAUUGGCGAAGUCCAUCAUCAGAUCCGACGGUGGACAUGGCUCUGGCCCGCCCCGUUGGUUUUCUCCGUUAGAGACUGCGAGCAGAAUGCGCAACUCUCCUCUCCUUCUCUACUUGCCCGGACUUGAUGGCCUUGGAUGUGGACUUGUUUCACAACAACAGAAACUGGGCAAGAUUUUUGAUGUAUGGUGUUUGCAUAUACCUGUCAAGGAUCGAACUCCAUUUCAAGAAUUGGUACUACUGGUUGAGGAAACUGUAAGGUCAGAGAAUUAUCGAUCCCCUGAGAGACCCAUAUAUCUUGUUGGAGAUUCAGUUGGUGGGUGUCUUGCAUUAGCUGUUGCAGCUCGGAAUCCUGAUAUUGAUCUUGUACUCAUUCUGGCUAAUCCCGCUACAAGUUACAGCAAGUCACACCUGCAAUCUCUUUUACCUCUGUUGGAAGUCAUCCCCAGUGAUCUUUCUCUGAUUAGUAUACCAUACACCCUCAGCCUAAUGACAGGAGAGCCCUUUAACCUGUUCUCAUCUAGUAUGAAGAAAGGGCUUGGACAGCAAGUAACAUUUGAACAACUUUCUGAAGGUCUCAGUGAGCUGUCAGCCUACUUUUCUGUCUUGGCUGAUAUUCUUCCUAGAGACACACUUCUAUGGAAGCUGCAGAUGAUGAAAUCAGCUUCCUCAUUUGCUAAUUCACGUUUACAUGCUGUUAAAGCGCAGAUUCUGAUUCUUGCCAGUGGAAAGGAUCCCCUAUUACCCAGCUUGGAGGAGGCUGAAAGGAUUCGUGGAGCUUUACCAAAACAGGAGGUUCGCGUGUUGAAAGGCACUGGUAAAAUGCCAAAGUGUGAGAUCCGUAAAUUCCCGGAUUCUGGUCAUUUACUCUUCCUUGCAGAUGGUGUUGAUUUGGUAACCAUUAUAAAGGCAACAAGUCUUUAUCGCCGUGGUAAACUCCACGACUAUGUUUCUGACUAUAUGCUUCCCACAGACGCUGAAUUCAACAAAACAUCUGAUUCAUUCAGGUGGCUUAACAUUGCUACUGGACCGGUAAUGCUCUCUACUUUGGAGAAUGGAAAAAUAGUGCAAGGUCUUGAAGGAAUUCCUAGUGAAGGCCCUGUUAUAUUUGUUGGCUAUCAUAUGUUACUAGGUUUGGAGAUUUAUCCCCUGGUAAUUAAGUUUAUGUCAGAGAGAAAUAUCCUCCUGAGAGGACUUGCGCAUCCUAUGUUAUUUGCAAAGCUGGAAGAAGAUGAAAUGGAUCUAUCUAUGUUUGAUUCAUAUAGAAUCAUGGGUGCAGUUCCCGUCACAGCCAGUAACUUCUACAAGUUACUUUCUUCAGGUUCACACAUUCUAUUGUAUCCAGGAGGAAUGCGUGAAGCUCUUCAUAAAAAGGGUGAGGAAUAUCAGUUGUUUUGGCCCGAAAGUUCCGAGUUUGUGAGAAUGGCUGCUAGAUUUGGUGCAAAAAUUAUACCUUUUGGUGUUGUUGGAGAAGAUGACAUAUGCGAGAUUCUUCUUGACUCUGAUGAUCAGAUGAAGAUUCCUUACCUCAGGCAAAGCAUAGAGAGACGGACUAGUCAGAUUCAAUUAAGGACUGACUUGAAAGGGGAAGUUUCAAAUCAAGUUGCGUAUUUUCCAGGACUUUUACCAAAACUUCCUGGCCGUUUCUAUUACCUGUUUGGUAAACCAAUUGACACAACAGGAAUGAAGCAGGAGUUGAGAGACAGAGAGAAAGCUCAUGAAGUUUAUUUGCAAGUGAAGUCAGAGGUUCAGAGUUCAAUUUCAUAUUUAAAGGAGAAAAGGGAAAAGGAUCCAUACCGGAGUCUUGCUGCUCGAACAUUAUAUCAAGCCACGCAUGGUUCUGAAGCUGAUGUUCCCACGUUUGACCUAUAGUUAUUAUUUAAAUACAAUAUGGAAGUUUACCCAAUUACAGAAAUUCAUCCGGUAUUUAUUACAGGAUUGUGUAUAUUCGUUGUUGACAAUACAGAUAAUGGUAGACCUCUCACAUAUUAUACCAUAUGGUCUUAUUGCUUAUUCACAUAAUUUUUUUUUCUA